GCCUCCCCUCCUAACCGUGUCGAACUUCGUACACCAAGAAGUGACAGAUACGACCGCUCCUUUUUCCCCAGGAUGUCGAGAUUGUGGAACAAUCUACAAGAGGAAGCGUUUCCCAGUUCUAACCUGAGGCAGUUCAAAAAUCGCAUUAACAAAAUUUCUGUGGGAUCCUCAUAGCAGCCGCGGUGUCCUGGGAUUUAGGCUUCUGCCUGCGCGGCUGCUUCGGCGUCAAAAUAAGUAUCUGCCAUCAGCUUUUAGACCACGAAUGAUGAGACGAUUUUAACAGUAAAGCAAUGUAUUCAUGAGCGCAAUUCGAGUCGCGUAUAAAAGCAAAGGUGGGGCGACUUUAGCUGCAUAUUUCAAACCGAUCAGUGCGAAGUGAGAGGUGUGUUAGGAUGAUUUCUUUAUAUCCGUGUUUACUUCUGUUAGCGCUUGCCGGUUCCACAUUAGCAUAUGCUGGGCAGUACAUUCCAAAAUCCUUCUAUGUAAUCGAUCGACAAGGCCACCAAUCAGACGUGGUGUACAUCCGUAACAGAAGGGACAUCCUGGAACCGCUGAUUAGGAUGCGCCGGGGAAGCGAUGUUGGAGGAAAUGGUGCCCAGGCUUCCUCCUCGGCUCAUGCGAGUGCUUCAGCUAAUGCGGGAGCUGGGGGAAUAGGUGCAGGAGGAGAAGGGAUUCCUGGGUUCCCAGGAGGAUUUCCAGGACCUGGAGGGUUCCCGACAGGAUUUAAUGGACAUGAUUACAGCAACCCCAGCGCGUUUCUUGAUCAAUUAUCCUCCUUUGCAUCCAACUUUCCAGGCGCAUUUGGGGGACCAGGUGGAAUAGGAGGCGGUCAAGGCAAAUCAUUCGCCACGUCGGGAAGUUUCGCCAGUGGAGGCGGCCAAGGUAGUGGCAGCGGAACGGGAUAUGGUACAGGUAGUGAAGGAGGUGUAGGUGGACAUCAAGGUCAUCAAGCUGGAUACAAUGGACCAAUAUUGUUCUCAAGAUUCGGUGAAACAGAAGGUCGAGGUGCUCAAGUCUCGGCAUCUGCAGAAGGACCACACGCCGCAUUUAGUUCAUCCUCCACCUCUGUGGAUGGCAAUGGGAAAGUGAAGUAUUCAGUAAAGUCUGGGAAGUACUGAGAGCUGAGUUUAUUUUAGUUAUUUUACAGUGCCAGUUUGUGAUAAAUUAUUGUUAGUAUGCGCUAUUUUUAUAACAGUGAUGCAGUGAUGUAUUUAGUAGUAUGUAAAUGUAGCAUUAUUAAUAAAACCAACAAUAAAUCUGACUUGGUGAUUAAAGUAAUUCCAUUCUAGAAACAGCUUAGCUUAUGUGAAUGACAAGUGGGAGAUCAAAAAACAUAACAAAUAUCUGUAAACGCACCAAUGUUCAGAACUACUUGAAAAUUAUCUGAACGUCUUUUCAGCCUCCAACCACAUUAUAGCGCCGCUUUAACGUACCUUUAACCUAUUUGAACGAGGCACCUGCACGCAUACAUUUAAAUCAACUUUGAUUUGUCUUGUGAGACAAGAAAAUCGGCGCAGCACACUGACGGAACUAGAAAAUAUUUUCAGAGGGGUCUACAUGAAAAAAGUGCUGGGAGGAGGAGCUCAGCAGUGCUAUUUCGUAUCUUGAAAAGUGACAUUGUGUGGGUAUUUUGACAAUAUAUAGGUUUUUUGUGAUAUUAUGUAGGUUUUUUACAAGAUGUCAAUUUAGAUUUAGCUGUUGUUCACUCGAUGUGCUCUCGUUCUGUAGCUGUACGUGUUGCCUAAACAUCAUGACGCUUCAGCUAUCAAAGUUUGGCUCUAAUGUGUUGAAAGCUGAG